GCGGACGGGCGCACGACAGACGGCCCCGGGAAGCCUCGGCCCGCGCCUCCCGGGCGGGCUAUGUUGAUUGCCCCGCCAGGGCCGGCCCGCGGGAUCAGCACAGCCCGGCCCGCGGCCCCGGAGGCCAGCGGGGACUAUGAACCGGAAAGCGCGGCGCUGCCUGGGCCACCUCUUUCUCAGCCUGGGCAUGGUCUACCUCCGGAUCGGUGGCUUCUCCUCGGUGGUAGCUCUGGGCGCGAGCAUCAUCUGUAACAAGAUCCCAGGCCUGGCUCCCAGACAGCGGGCGAUCUGCCAGAGCCGGCCCGACGCCAUCAUCGUCAUAGGAGAAGGCUCGCAAAUGGGCCUGGACGAGUGUCAGUUUCAGUUCCGCAAUGGCCGCUGGAACUGCUCGGCGCUGGGGGAGCGCACCGUCUUCGGAAAGGAGCUCAAAGUGGGGAGCCGGGAGGCCGCCUUCACCUACGCCAUCAUCGCAGCCGGUGUGGCCCACGCCAUCACUGCUGCCUGCACCCAGGGCAACCUGAGCGACUGCGGCUGCGACAAGGAGAAGCAAGGCCAGUACCACCGGGACGAGGGCUGGAAGUGGGGUGGCUGCUCUGCCGACAUCCGCUACGGCAUCGGCUUCGCCAAGGUCUUUGUGGAUGCCCGGGAGAUCAAGCAGAAUGCCCGGACUCUCAUGAACUUACACAAUAACGAGGCAGGCCGAAAGAUCCUAGAGGAGAACAUGAAGCUGGAGUGUAAGUGCCACGGCGUGUCGGGCUCAUGCACCACCAAGACCUGCUGGACCACGCUGCCGCAGUUCCGCGAGCUGGGCUACGUGCUCAAGGACAAGUACAACGAGGCCGUUCACGUGGAGCCCGUGCGCGCCAGCCGCAACAAGCGGCCCACCUUCCUGAAGAUCAAGAAGCCGCUGUCCUACCGCAAGCCCAUGGACACCGACCUGGUGUACAUCGAGAAGUCGCCCAACUACUGCGAGGAGGACCCGGUGACGGGCAGCGUGGGCACGCAGGGCCGUGCCUGCAACAAGACGGCCCCCCAGGCCAGCGGCUGCGACCUCAUGUGCUGCGGCCGCGGCUACAACACCCACCAGUACGCCCGCGUGUGGCAGUGCAACUGCAAGUUCCACUGGUGCUGCUACGUCAAGUGCAACACGUGCAGCGAGCGCACUGAGGUCUACACGUGCAAGUGAGCGGCGGGGCGGCGGCGGCCCCAGUGGCCGCACGCGGGGCGGCGAGGACCGGACGCUCUCCACGCCGCGGGCACGGCCCAGACCUCUGCAGCCGCGCUGAGCUCGUCUUAUCUGCUGUGGGAUCCCCUGCGGGGGACCCCUCCGGGGCCCGAGUUGUCCACGCCACACCCAGCGCCACUCCCUCGGCCCCAGACGCUGCCUGGGGCCUCCUUGGCCAGAGCAGAGCCUUCGCACCAGAAACUCUGGGCUCCGGGGCCUCAAGAGAGCAAUAUUUAACAAUUUAUUCUGAUAAAAAAUAAUAUUAAUUUAUUUAAUUAAAAAGAACCCUUCCACCUCGUCGGGAUCCGUUUUCUGCAAUCAAAGUGGACCGCUUGCUUUCCUGUGGGAUAAUUCUGUCGCUAGGACAAGAAGCCGAGUAGAACUGUACAUAAUGAUUCUUUCUGCAGAUACUUGUACUAGUUGAUUUCGCAAGUACCCCCUUGCCGCACUAGAUGUUUAAGUGCAAGGGCAGACAUCCUGUAUACCUAUGUAGACAUAUACACACACACUUAUAUUUUUUUGCUGUUUGCUGCUAAUUCUCCAGAGAUUUAAGCUGGUCCAGAAAUGGAGACGUUUUCCAGGAUACGUUUCCCAUCCUGUAGUUCUCCCCAGCUCAAACGUCACCAUUAGAAAAGUCCAGUUUGGAAUAUAUAGAGAGAGGAAAGGUAAUACUAAAACUCCCAGCAGUUUCCAUCUUUUGGAAAGUGAGCCACUGGAUAAGAGAGAAUAUUUUGUAAGAGACUAUUUUUAUAUGAAUAUUUUAUUUAUAUUGAGU